GUAUAAGAGAUCUUCUCGCCCGGAAGCGAUUCCCAAAUUUAAGCUUGACCAAAACCACGUUAGAUGGGACCAGAGCCUGAGAGAGAAAACCGUCUUUAGUAUAUUUGUUAAUUCAAUAAAUCAUUUGUACUGUUAUUAUUGACGGAGCUCCGUUUGUUGUUGACGCAAUUUAGAGUUAAUCUUAACGCUGUCAAUGGAAAGAGCUAUAAGAGGUUCAUUUAGUCUUCGCGAUGCUUAGAAGAAAUCAGAGCGGACAUUAUUGCAUCGAAAUAACUUCAGGUUGCAGAAGUGAGACGCGCUGCGUGUGGUCUCCAUUGCAUUCCUUUCGUUCUGUGGAAUCUAAAGGUAUGUUUUUUCCAUCAUGCUAUGAGAUUUGAUGUCUGUUCGGUUUCCAUGCCAUGAAAAUUUGAGGGGAUUGCACGAGAGGCUUCUGUGAAUCUAUGUACAUAUUGUACAUGGUGUUGUAUGCUAAGCACUGUUAAUAAAAAAUUGGGGGUUUUUUGUUGGGUUGUAUCAGAAGGCAGGGGACCUAAACUCAAACAUUCUAUCUGGGUUAUCUAUUUUGAACGGAAUUAUUGCUUGGAAGCCAUCAGGUUGUUGAUUGAAUGACCUGUGGGCUAUAUCCAUUACAUCUGGGUUUUCUUUUCUGGGAUUAAUGGACCUGUAGUGUUGGAAGUGUUCAUUUGGGUUGAAGUGGUCAUUCGGGAGCCUUAGUUUGUGAUAUAUUAUGCUGGGUAUUUAAUUUUCAAGGAAUUAUUGCCUGGGUAUGAUCAGAAUGUUGAUUGAAUAUUCUUUGGCCAAUACCCAUUUGGUUUCCUGAGAUUAAUGGACCUGUAGGGUUUGGAGUUGCUGGGUCCUUCACCUCGAAGGAUCGUUGCCCCUGCUUUAUACAGGGUUAGGGGUACAUAAAUUGAACUCUUUAGGUCUUUGUUUUUCUGGAAAGAAUGGCCACCUCUGGGGUUGUCCUGAGCCCUGUGAAGGAGGAGUUUCUUUAUUCUCCGAGAAGCCCUCAAUGCAGACAUGGGUUUCUGUCGGAGGCUAUAGUUAUUUACUUGUCAGUUAAUGAUUCUGGAAUACCCUUCAGAGUUUUCCCCACAGAAACUAUAGCUUCACUGAAGAUGAGAAUACAGACAUUGAAUGGUUUGUAUAACAAACGCCAGAGACUUGUGUAUGAGGGGAGGGAGUUAGCCAGAAAUGACAGCCUGAUCAGGGAUUAUGGUGUCACCAAUGGGAAAAUUCUGCAUCUGGUCAUAAGGCGUUCUGAGCUUCAGGCUGUCACCGUGAAAACUUUGGAUGGAAAGGAGUAUGCAUUUCGACUUCAGAGAAGUUCUAGCAUUAAGGAACUGAAGAAGAGGAUUGUACAGAAAGAAGGAAGAAGCAUCAGUUGGGAUGAAGAGCAACUGGUUUUCGAAGGGAAGCAGCUUGAGGACCAGAGGUUGGUAGAUGAUUUGCCUGGGGAGGAGAAUAACAAUGUUGUUGUUCAUUUGUUUGCGAGAAAGGAUGCCAAGGUCAGGACAAAGUCAAAUGGGACAUUUUUAGAGUUGUCAUUAGAUGUCUCUGUACCUGAACCAGAUCUGAAACAGUAUGAUGACAUUCAAUUUGAUCAAGUAACAGAGAAGAUGUCCUCAAUGCAGCUAGCGCAGAGGCCGUUUCCACAGAAGCUAUUGCCUGAGAAACGAAGUAAUUAUCAUGAUAAGCUAAUAGAAUAUCAGACUCUUGUAAGAGGGCUUCCAAGAUGUCAAUAUCUCUUAGAGCCUGUAACGGCCAGCUCCAGGCAUAAACUUUCACCUGCUUUCCAACAUAUGAUCAAAGUCAUGAGAGAAGGCUUGGAGCGUGGACAGAGUCCAAAUAUGUCUAAAGAGGGGUCUGGUGGUGCAUACUUUAUGCAAGAUCCGACAGGAACCAAAUUCAUUGGUGUAUUCAAGCCAAUUGACGAGGAACCCAUGGCUGUAAAUAAUCCCAGAGGCUUACCGAUAUCCUUGAAUGGAGAGGGUUUGAAGUCAGGUACUAGAGUAGGUGAGGGUGCUUACAGGGAGAUUGCAGCCUAUAUACUUGACCAUCCUGCCAGUGGCCCUCGAUCAAUGGGUGGUGAUGAAACAGGCUUUGCAGGAGUUCCUCCCACAAUGAUGAUCCGGUGCUCUCAUAGUGCAUUUCAUCUAGCUGCGGGUUUUGAUAGGUCGCGUCAAGAAUCAAAGAUGGGUUCUCUACAAAAGUUUGUGGAUAGCUAUAGUAACUGUGAAGAUAUGGGUCCAGCUGCAUUUCCUGUAGAUGAGGUGCACAAGAUUACUGUGUUGGAUAUGCGUUUGGCAAACACAGAUAGGCAUGGUGGGAACAUCUUGGUUUGCAAAGGAGAGCAAUCAUCAAUCCGGCUUGUUCCUAUUGAUCAUGGUUAUUGUCUUCCAGAUAAAUUUGAAGAUUGCACUUUUGAAUGGAUGUACUGGCCUCAGGCUCAACAACCUUAUAAACCUGAGACUCUGAAAUACAUAGAGUCCUUGGAUGCAGACAAAGAUAUUGAACUGCUAAGGUGUCAUGGCUGGAAUUUAUCUCUUGAGUGUUCCCGUGUGCUUCGUGUUUCUACCAUGUUAUUGAAGAAGGGUGCAGCUGCAGGUCUGACCCCCUAUGAGAUUGCGCUCAUCAUGUGUAGGGAGUCUCUCAACAAGCCAUCGGACAUUGAGAAUAUCAUGGAGGAGGCUCAGGAGGCAAUACUUUCACCCUCUAGUGAGGCAACAUUUCUUGAAGAAGUAUCUGAGAUAAUGAAUCGAUAUUUAGCAGAUCGAAGGUCAAUUUAUCAAAAAUAUAGUGCAGCUCAUUAAAGUAGAGGAAAAUUGACUUAACCUGUAAAUGUUUGAAGUGUCAAGUUCAGUGGAUCACAGAUUGAAAUGACAGUAGAAUACCUUCUGCGCUCAGAAGUUAUGAGAUUGCAGCAUAGCCAAUUUUUUACAUUCAUUUUUUUGGCACACCUUGAUUUCUCAAGAUCGGUGCAACUUUUGUUUUAACCAUUCAUAGGAGGCACUGUGCCACUAAACUUGAAGUAGUCUUGUGGAGUCUGGACUACAUGUUUAUGUUGUUACAUAUGUUAUAUACCGAACGAAGCCUUGUAUAAUUGUGAAGCUUUAGGAAUACAUUUUAUGUUAUAUAUAAAUUAAUCUUAUAGUUAGUAAAUCUUUAUAUAAUUGUGAAAUAGUUUCUGAGA